AUGGAGUACUGGAUCCUUCGCAACCUCAGAUGGUCCGGUGUCAAGUUUGUUACCACUCGGCGUUUGGUCCCAUCAUGCAAUGCUUGUAAGAUGUUCUUCCGAAGAGUGGUUCUCAACAAUGUCACUUAUCAGUGCCGUGAUUUGAGACGGUGCUAUUGGAGAGUUGAGUCAUGCAGAGAACGCCCAAAAUGCCGUGCCUGUCGAUUUCAAAGAUGCCUGGACGUCGGUAUGAAGUACACUCCAGGAGAAUGCUCUGAAGAUGCAUCAAAGCUUCCGAUAGCAAAGUUCACUGAUCAAUCACCCAUUCCACCAGUGGUCCUGAGCCCUGUCGACGUGUUGACCAACAUGAUUCAAGGAUUACUGUACUUGGAUUCACACCGGUUGAGAAGUUUCACGCUAAUGCGCAGUGAUCAGGAUCCGACGAUUGAUGAACUCAUCAAUGGGACCUGUAGGGGAUUCUCAGCUUUGAGAAUUAGCGAUGGACCCUCCUCACCACCACCCUGCAAUGGAUUGAUUCUAUCUCAAUGGUCAUUCUUUGGAGUCUGGACUUCUGUGGAGUUUUUGAAUUGUAUUGAUUUCAUGCAUCUUCUCACCUCAGAGGAUAAGGAAUUCAUGAUCAAGAGCUUUGCCAUGAAUUCGUAUCUUCUUUCAUCUGCAUUCUUCUCGGCUAGCUAUAACAGUGACCUUCUACUGAAUCCAGAUGGUACCGAAUUGUACUCAUGUAGAAUUAAGAAUAUGCCAGAACUUUCCGAGGACAUGGUGGAGCGUGUCCAGAAGCUGCUGGUGGCUAAAUUGAAGAAUGUUCGUAUAACCCAAGAAGAAUACAUUCUUAUGACUAUGAUUCUAUUCUGUACUCCGAAACUCCCUGGCAUCUCGAGAUCCGGAUUAGAAAUUGUCUCCGAGCAACAAAGAAAGUACAGUAAGGCACUUAUGGACUACUGUAGAUUUACGCGUCACGAUAUGGGACCUCUCCGGUUCCAGGAGCUCAUUUCCGUUGGUACGGUGCUGGCGAAAUGUUUCGAUGAUGUAUUGGGGCUGGUGGAGAUUCUGCAAGUGUUUCAUGCGGAAGCUCAUAAUUCUAAGCAACUGUUCAAAGAGAGUCUUCAUAAAUAA